GUGUCAGAAUGUUGUACACAACUGAUGGAUAUUCUUAUUGGAUACACUACUAUAUGAUAAAAUGUGUAUGAAUGUUUUUUUUUCUUUCAAGAAACAUUUUCUUCGUAUCUUCAUGCAACACAAAAUGAAAAGUGACAAACAUCUAACGAAAAUUGCACCAUUUCGAAUGUUUUGACUGAAACUUUUGACAGCAAUAGCUCAGACAACAGACGGACAUAACCUCGAAAAAGUGUGAGAGAGCACGCUGCGUUAUUAGUUGUCGUGGCUUAUUUUGUCUAGGCUGACACUUUUUACGGCAUUUUAAUAGCAGUGGUUUUAAAAACCCGGAAUUCCUGUGUUAUUUAUUCAAUUAAAAUCGCGUCAAACGCAUAGAUAACUGGUAGUGUAAUCAUCUGAGAAGAAAAAAAUGGCUGCUGUUGAGCGAAAGGGGACUUUUAAAGUUGAAUUCCUGCAAAAAAUUGAGCGUGACGUUCAAGCAAAAUGGGAAAAAGAACGUGUUUAUGAGUUCGAUGCACCGGCCGAACCACGUAAAAGCAAUGACGAAAAGUUUUUCGCUACAUUUCCAUAUCCGUAUAUGAAUGGUCGCUUGCAUUUAGGUCACACCUUCUCAUUUUCAAAGGCUGAAUUUGGCAUUCGGUAUCAACGUUUGAAGGGUAAGAAAUGCUUGAUCCCAUUCGGAUUCCACUGCACCGGUAUGCCGAUUAAAGCGUGCGCCGAUAAAUUGCAACGUGAAUUAGAAACAUUUGGCUAUCCGCCAAACUUUCCCACCGAAGAUGAACCGAUAGUAGUUGAGGAAGAAAAGGAUAUUAUUCCAGUAGACAAAAGCAAAGGCAAAAAGAGCAAAGCCGUUGCAAAAAGCGGCUCAGCAAAAUAUCAAUGGCAAAUUAUGCAAAGUUUAGGAUUGACCGAUGAAGAAAUCAAGAAAUUUGCCGAUCCACUCUAUUGGUUAGAAUAUUUCCCACCAUUGGCCAUUCAAGACUUGAAGCAGUUUGGUGUUCAUGUCGAUUGGCGCCGUACAUUCAUUACGACGGAUGCAAAUCCAUACUAUGACUCCUUUAUUCGAUGGCAAUUCAAUCAUUUAAAAGCAAGAAAUAAGAUUGCGUACGGUAAGCGGUACACAAUUUACUCACCAAAAGACGGUCAACCAUGUAUGGAUCACGAUCGUUCAACGGGCGAAGGUGUCGGCCCACAAGAAUACACUUUGAUCAAGAUGAAAGUCGUCGCAAAUGUGCCGAAGAAGUUCCAAUCAAUUAAAAAUCCAAUUUACUUGGUCGCCGCUACUUUGAGACCUGAAACAAUGUACGGUCAAACGAAUUGUUGGCUGCAUCCCGACAUCAAGUACAUUGCAUUCGAAGUGACAAAACACAAUGAGGUGUGGGUAUGCACACGGCGUGCUGCACGAAAUAUGGCAUAUCAAGGUUUCACCGGGGCUGAUGGUAAAAUCAAUGAAUUCGCCGAGGUGACGGGAUCGGAUUUGUUCGGGGUUGGUUUGAGUUCACCAUUGACAUCGCAUAAAGUGAUCUAUGCACUACCAAUGUUGAGUGUGAAAGAAGACAAGGGAACGGGUGUUGUUACAUCAGUACCAUCUGAUUCACCGGACGAUUAUGCUGCUUUGGUUGACUUACAGAAGAAGGCUGCAUUCCGUGAAAAGUAUGGCAUCAACGAUGAAAUGGUUCUCCCAUUCGAACCAAUUCCAAUCAUUGAAGUGCCAACACUUGGCAAAUUGAGUGCAGUUACCGCAUACAGCCAAUUCAAAAUCCAAAGUCAGAAUGAUCGCGAUAAAUUGCAGUCAGCCAAAGAAUUAGUUUACUUGAAAGGUUUCUAUGACGGUGUUCUGUUGGUCGGUGAAUUUGCCGGCAAGAAGGUGCAAGACGUGAAAAAGGACUUGAAAACCUAUUUGGUUGAUCGCAAAGAGGCUGAUGUCUACUACGAGCCCGAGAAAACGAUUAUGUCGCGUUCCGGUGAUAUGUGUGUCGUUGCCCUUUGCAAUCAAUGGUAUUUGACUUAUGGUGAAGAAAAAUGGCAAGCACAAACAUCAGGUGCUUUGAAGAAAAUGGAAUUGUAUCACGAUGAAGUACGGAAGAAUUUCGAGGUUUGUCUCGACUGGCUGCACGAAUACGCAUGCUCACGUACCUAUGGCUUGGGUACAAAAUUACCGUGGGAUCAACAAUGGUUGAUUGAAUCACUGUCCGAUUCUACCAUUUACAUGGCAUUCUAUACGGUUUCCCAUCUGUUGCUCGGCGGUAGUUUCAAGGGCGAAAAACCAAGUCCAUUAGGCAUCAAAGCCGAACAAAUGACAGCCGAUGUUUGGGAUUACAUUUUCUUCAAUGAUGCUACACUACCAGCAAAAACUGCGAUCAAGCGUGAACACUUAGAUUUGAUGCGACGAGAGUUUAGAUAUUGGUACCCAGUUGAUUUGCGAGUUUCUGGAAAGGAUUUGAUUCAAAAUCACUUGACAUUCUACUUGUACAAUCACACGGCCAUUUGGCCGACGGAGCCAGAUCUGUGGCCACGCGGUAUUCGCUGUAACGGCCAUUUGAUGCUGAACUCAGCCAAAAUGUCGAAGUCAGACGGAAACUUCCUCACUCUGUCAGAAGCCAUCGAGAAAUUCAGUGCGGAUGGAACACGUUUGUGUUUGGCCGAUGCUGGUGACAGUAUCGAAGAUGCCAAUUUCGUUGAAUCCAAUGCCGAUGCUGGCAUUUUGCGUUUGUACACAUUCAUUGAAUGGGUUCAAGAAAUGAUCGAAUCGAAAUUGUUGUUGCGCAAUGGACCAAAGGACACAUUUAACGACAAGGUCUUCAUUAGCGAAUUGAAUUUGAAAACGAAGGAAACGGCGGAAUAUUACGAAAAGUUGUUGUUCAAAGAUGGUUUGAGAACCUGUUUCUACGAAUUGCAAGCGGCUCGUGACAAAUACCGUGAACUUUGCGGUGCAUCCGGUAUGCAUGUUGAUCUCGUAUUCGAGUACAUUCAACGCCAAGCGCUGUUGCUAUCGCCGAUUUGUCCUCAUGUCGCCGAACAUAUCUGGACUUUGUUGAACAACAAAGGCAGCGUUCUGAAUGCCAAAUGGCCAGUGGUUGGUAAAAUCAACGAAAUAGAUAUCAAACGUUCUGAAUAUUUGAUGGCGGCUGCUCACUGGUUCCGUAUCACGCAAAAGCAUGCUUCACAAGUCAAGAUCAAGGGUGGCAAAGAGCUGAAAGGCAACGCACCGAAACCAACGAAUGGAUCGAUCUGGGUGGCCAAGACAUUCCCACCAUGGCAAUCGUGCAUUUUGAAUACAUUGAAAGAACUGUUUGAGAAGCACAAUGGCUUGCCGGACAACAAACUCAUCUCUGUUGAACUGGGCAAGAAGGAUAUUCUCAAGAAAUACAUGAAAAAAGUGAUGCCAUUCGUACAGACCAUUCGUCGACGUGUCGAAGCCGGAGAAGGCAAAAAGGCACUCGCAACAACACUUACCUUCAAUGAACUUGAAGUUUUGCAAAGUAACUUUGAAUACUUGAAACUUACCUUGGAUCUCGAAACAUUAGAAAUCCAUAGUACCGAUGAGAAGAGUGCACCGGAAAAGGUGCGAGAAGAAACUUGCCCUGGAAAUCCACACAUCGUAUUCAGCGCAAAACCAGCGGUGCAAGUUGUUUUGGAGAAUCCAGUCCCACGGACCGGAUUAUUCACUAUCACAAGCAACAUUUCGAAUGGAGACACCGCCCAAUCAUUUAUCAACAAAAUCACAAAAAUUGUGGGGCUCAAAGACGUAGACGCUCUCCGAAUCUGGCGUUUUGAAGACCCUGUGCUUGGGCCACGAAAGUUGCCAGCAUUCAAUGAACCACUUAAAGGAAAAGUACUCUUGGAAAAUGGUGUAUUUUCGAUUGAUGUCGAAAAGAAUGAAGUCUAUUUACAAACGGAAUCAACAAAACUAAAUGUUGGCACAUCAUUUAUCUACGUUGUUGAAUAAACCCAUAAAUCCAAACUCAAUUCAAACUCAUUGUUACAUAAAAAGAAAGUAUCUCCACGAUAGUUUUGCAAUAAAUUUUCUUGAAAAUUCAUCAA